AAAGAAAUCUUGGUCUUCUUCAUCUCUUGCAUAAAAGUACUUCCUUUCAAAGAUCAGACCAAACCCACUUCUGGGUCGUGGUGGUUUGCUUUAAAGCUGCAUUGGUCAACUAGAAACUUCGAAAAGGUAGUUGCUUUAGCUUGCAUUCAAGUCAUGGACGUCGGAGAAAGAAAUAACCGGAAAAACGUCAACUUCAACCGUCCGCCGGCAAUGGUGUUGGAGAACAGCAAGCAUGAGUUACGUCGGACGCAGAAAAGGUUGAUGAUUCCGGCAAGUUAUUUCAGUUUAAAGUCUCUGGUUCUGCUGGUGGGUCUAACGGCGUCUAUGUUGAUCCUUCCGUUAGUUUUGCCGCCGUUACCUCCUCCUCCGUUUAUGCUUCUUUUGAUUCCGAUUGGUAUUAUGGUCUUACUAGUCGUUCUUGCCUUCAUGCCUUCUUAUUCUAAGGCCAAAGAUGUAACUUGCACUUUUAUGUAAAUCCCUUAUUAUCCCAUGUAUAUUAUUUGAAAAUCAUUACAACUU